AUGUCUUUCAAAUCCGAAGCUAUCGUGGCCAGAGGCCCUAUUUCCGAGGGAAAAUGGGCGAUUGAGCCAAUCUCCACUGCGGAAACACCAAGGCAGAUGCAGGAGUUCCUGGUGUUUACUAUCCCCGAGUUCUCGGUCAUGAAGGUCAGUGAUGUCGUCGCCAGCUCAGGAUAUGUCGUCAAUGUUGGCACCGCCGUGAACCACGUGAAGCCGGGCGACCCAGUCCUUCUUUCGUUUUCCUACUGCGGCUCCUGCCAUGUUUGUAAGACGGGCCCACCGUCUCACUGCACCAACUUCUUCGAAAUCAACUUCAUCGGAGAACCCGUCUUUUCCGAUGGAAUUGGAGGCCGGUUUUUCGGACAGUCGAGUUUGGCUCAUCACACCAUUGUGAGCGACAAGUCGGUUGUCAACGUCGGGGGCCUUGGCUUGAGCAGAGACGAUCUCAGAAUCCUCGCACCUCUUGGAUGUGGACUUCAGACCGGCAGUGGAACUGUCAUCAACGUGGCGAAGGCCGGGCCAGACGACUGCAUCACCAUUGCUGGCAUGGGAGGAGUUGGCCUUGCGGCGGUCAUUGCGGCAAAGAAUCAAGGGUGCAAGGCCAUCAUUGGCAUCGAUCGACUUGAAUCUCGGCUCGAGCUUGCGAAGUCACUUGGCGCUACUCAUGUCAUCAACACGACUGGCUUGGACAUGAAGCAAGUAACAGAGAAGAUCAAAGAGGCUGCAGAAGGGCUUGGAUCAACCAUCAGCAUCGACACCAGCGCUCACCCGCCUUUGCUAGCUGCACAGUUGGACGCCACGAGGUAUAUGGGAAAGGUAAUCCAGGUCGGAACUGGCAUGCCAGAAGCGAACAUCUCGAUUCACAUGCAGAGCUUCAUGGUCAGUGGGAAACAGUACUUCGGAGCUGUACAGGGACAUUCGAGAACAAGAGACUACGUUCCUCAGAUGGUCCAAUGGUGGAGAGAUGGCAUCUUCCCGGUCGAAAAGCUAAUCAAAGUCUAUGAGCAUCAGAACUUUGAACAAGCAGUAGAGGCGAUGAAGAGCGGAGAAGUUGUCAAGCCUAUUAUUGCUUGGUCGUAA